AUGAGCAACUUACAAGCGAAGUGUUUUUUCACGCCGAUUUUAGGACCAAACUCGCCGUUAGAUCAACUGUCGAUGUUCUUAUUCCAAGGCGACGUGGAUGAAACUUUACUCGAAAAGUUUAGAUACGUGAAACAAGAUCGGUUCGCGCCGCUGGCGGUGAUGAAGAAAACGAACAGCGAGAAUAUCAUGGGAGGAAACAAAACGAAGGAAGGCGAAAACGAUACCGGUAACAUCGUCGGCGUGGCGGAGGUUUCGGUGCAAAGAGAUGUUCUCAUUGGACGAUCGAUAAUGAAAUUUAAAGACUUGGAGGAAGCGAAUAGCGAAUACGCGUACGUGUCGUGCAUGUGCGUGGACGAGGAGUAUAGGAAAAUGGGCGUCGCGACGGAGUUAUUGAGAGAGAGUGAAAACGUCGCCAAGAAGUGGGGGUUUAAUUUGCUUUGUUUGCACUGUUACGAAGAUAACAUUCCGGGGAUUUCGUUGUAUAAACAGUUAGGGUACGAAGAGUUGUUGACGGAUAUGAGUUUAAAGUCGCCGUUGGAUAUCAUUUUGAGGAAACGGAAGGUGUUGAUGUGUAAAGAUCUUAUUUGA